UUCUGGCCGCAAUAAUCAUCAUGGGCUCCAGGUCCACCCGCCCCCGCAGAUCGCACACCCUGGGCGCAUGCCGCACCUGUCGUCGCCGCCAUGUCAAAUGCGACCAGAAACGGCCUGCCUGUCGGACCUGUCGGAAUCUGGGAGUCGCCUGCGAGGGCUUUACCAAUGAAGUCCGCUGGAUGCGCAGCAGCAGCGGCAGCGACAAGGGAGACGAUACCGCUGGCACCCGCCGCCAUCUCUAUACAGAGCAGUCGAGAGAGUCUAUGAGCACGUCCCUGGGCUCGAACCUCGUUUCUGGCUCCAUUAGUGCAUCCCUCGCGGAAAUCGACGUCAAGACACGCGAUCCCGACCGGCCGCCCGUGGGCGAUAUUGUCGUGGGCCCAUUUGGCGUCCUGGACUUUGCGCCUGAUGCGCCCAGCAAUAUGCAGGGGGAGCAGCAGCAGCCAGAGAGUCAUAAGUACACACCGCCAGAGCCGGAAGGGACGCUUCGUAGUCCUCCGCAGACAGUCCCUGAUACGGCUGUUGCGCAGGAUCCUGGUGUUGCACUGCCAUCAUUGCUCGACGACUCGCCUUCCCAUAUCGACGACUUCCUGCACUGGUCAGAUAUCCUAGGCUUGAGUCCGGAGCAGCCGGGAUUCUUUCAACCGUCAAUGUUGAAUUUCGAUAUGUAUUUAAGUGCUGAUGCGGUGGCUGAUAAUGGAUCGAACGGGUUUGUUGUCCCCGAGGAGCUCGCCCCAGUCCAGAACAUAGCUGCCAUGACUCCCCCAUCCAGUGCCAUUGAAAUGGCCUCGACGUUUCUGGACGCGGCUGCACUGGCUGAUGCGCCGUUACUUUUCAAACACUUCAAUGAGAGAGUGGUUCCCCAGAUGGUCAUUAUCCCGUUGGGCGACAAGUCCCCGUGGAGGGCCAUGAACCUGGCUGGUGCCAUGGCGACAUAUAACGAUUUGACUAUCCUGGGCUCGCAGAGAAUAAGCCAUGCACGCCUAGCAAAUCUUUACGGUCUGUUGGCCUGCUCUGCAGUGCAUCUCGCAUCAGCGAACAGUUCUGUUGGGUCACCCGGUCACUGGCAGCAGGCUGCCGGCCAGAUGUUUGAGCAGGCCAGAGACCACAUGCAAAAGUCGCUGCGAUACGAAACCAUAGAUCCAAAGCGUGCAAAAUACAAAGACCAGCUAAUGGCCAUUUGUUGCCUUAUUGAAUACACGGUCAUAUCAGGGCAGCAACAACAUGCAAGAACCCUCAUGGUAAACGCCGAAUACAUCCUACGAGUACGAGGCCUGCUGAAGCAUCGAAUAUCCCAAAAGUCACGGCUCCUGCACCAUAUGUACACCUGGCUCCGCCUAGUCGGAGAGAGCACCUACGUCCUCCACGACUACAACCCAUCGACCUCCUUCAUCGAAGCCCUAGACACCAACUUCCAACGCCAUCGCCAACAAACUGUCCCAGGAGGACAAAACUCACACGAAUCCAACCCUCGCCUAGACGACUUCCUCCGCCUAGAAGCCCACGACGCAGACAGCGACCUAAACAUCAAUGAGCCCAAAGACGAACAAACCGGGCUACACGACAUCCACCUCCAAGACUCACGCAGCUUCUCCGACACCCUCUACAAACAGGUCUACGGCAUCCCAGAGACCUGGCUCAGCCUUCUAUCCCAAACAACCCGUCUCGCAAACGUCAUGGAAACCUUCCGCCGAGCGCAGCUCGCAGGGGAGAACACCAGUCUAGAAGCAUGGGAAGCCCUGCACCGCCGAAGUAUCCGCCUUGAGAAUCUCAUCUGCUCGUGUGAUCUCACGUCUCUCAAGGCCGGAAGCGAGCCCGCAAAGCCGCAUAGCCAUAUGCUGCGCGCGCUGAAUGCAGCCCUCGUUAUCUUCUUCUACAGACGCAUCCGCCGCGUCCACCCUGCUAUCCUCGCGGCGCAUAUUGAUAGUGUGAUUGCCUCCUUGACGGAAUUUACCGCUGCCCUGCCGCAUGAACAUCCGACUGGGCCUGGGGCGGCGUGGCCUGCUUUCAUUGCCGGGUGUGAGGCGCUGACGACGCAGAGGCGCGAGGCGGUGCUGGCCUGGGUUGAUGCGGCGAUGGCGAGCUAUGGUCCUGCGGGAUUCGGCGUGGCCAAAGAGAUUAUGGUGAGUUUGUGGCGGAGGCAGGAUGAGCAUCUGGAGACGAAUCGGGGGGAGCCGAUGCCUACAUGGACGACGUUCAUUCAGGAGAGGCAGAUGUGGCCGUUGUUUUGUUAAAGUAUUACCAGGGCUAUCCUCUACAGAUUAUGAAUGUGAUGUGUAACGAUCUUGAUAUUCAUGUCAUUCAUGAA